UGAUGUCCGUCCCCGCCAACAACGACGAGCCCCUUGUGCGAAUCGCGGAGGAUGACUUCGCCAAAGCCGUCUCGCUCCGCGCCAUUCUGGCAGCCUCACUUCCCUCCAUUGUUAACAACGCCGCGCAGCCGAUUGCUGCGGCGUUGCAACUCGGACUCCUCGGGCACAGCGAUUCGGCGGCGCAGCGAGUGGCAGUGUUCUCGGCGGUUGGAGCUGCCGUUACUUUUGUGGCCAACAUAUCCAACUUUGUCAUCGUCGUCACCAUGUCUCGGGUCGGCCAUGCGCUGGGCGCAAAGCGGUGGGCCGCGCUCGGCCGCACGGUGUGGACGGUCCUCGUGUGCGCGCUCGUGAUUGGCUUGCUGAGCGCCCUUGUGCUCUGGCUGGGGCGCAGGCCGCUCCUCAGCGCGCUCUCGCUCUCACGGCCGCCGCUCGACGAACUCGCCGAGUCCUACCUUCCUGUGGCGCUGCUUCGGCUGCCGCCGCUGCUGCUGCUGCGAGCUUCGAGCGCCGUGCUCGUGGGAUACCAGAGAGUGAAAGCCGCGUCGCUGCUCAACUUGGCCCUGGCCUGCGCCGACACGGCCGCCUUCUACCUGCUGCUCCACUCGAGCCUCGUCCUCGCGGGCGGCGGGCUCGUCGCCGUCGGAGCCGCUGUGGCGGCGACGUGCGCGAUCGCCGCCGCCGCAGCUGUCACCGCCGUCCUCCUCCUCCCGCCAGACGCCGCGGUCCGGGUCCUCCCUCGACGCUGCUGCAGGCGGGCGGCGGCUGCGCCAGAGGCGGAGGGCGCCCUGCCGGCCGACGCUCCUGCUGCGCCGUCCGAGUCCUCCCUCCUCUCCCUCGCGCGCGACUCGCUCAACGUGCUCGUCCGGUCGGUGCUCCUCUCGGGCUCCGUGCUCGCGCUGAUGGUCGCCGUCGCGCCGCUCGGCGCCGCCACCGUCGGGGCGCACGCCGUGGUGCUGCAGCUGUGGAUGGUCACUUCGUACGUCGUCGACGGCUUCGCCGACGUGGGGACGAUGGUGGGCUCGCGGCUGCUGGGCGCGGGCGAGGAGCGUCACAUGAGGCGGCUCACCGCGACGCUGCUCCUGCUCGGGCUCGCCACUGGAGGAGUAGCGGCGUGCCUCAUGGCGGCGCUGCACGACCCGCUCGUCGCCGCCUUCACUCGCGACAGCGAGACGCGCGCCAUGCUCCACACGCCGCUGUGGACGCUGCUCUGCGCGCUGCAGCCCGUCAACGCGCUCGUCUUUGUGUACGACGGCCUCAUCUACGCGGUGCGCGCCUUUGGCUUCCUGCGCAACGCGCUCCUGCUCGGCGUCUGCUGCACGUUCGCUCCGGCGCUCGCGCUCGCAAAGUCGCUCUCCCCCUCCUCCCUCCUCGCCAUCUGGGCGGCCAAGGCCGCGCUCAACUGCUGGCGCUGCGGCAGCGCCCUCCUCCUCAUCCACGUCAGGCACUGGCCGCAUUGGGGCGGCGGCCGCGCCCAGGCUAGCGCCCAGGCGGACGGCCCCUCGCGCGAGUGGCUCGCACGCCACCGGCACGGGGCCGCUCCUCGCGCCGCAGCAGCCGCAGCAGCCGCAGGAGGAGCGGCGAUCAUAUGGAGACCUCUUCCGCGAAGCCUCUGGCGAGUCCGAGCCGCAAGGCCGCGAGGCGGGCGGCCAAGGCGGUGGCGCGGGCGGAGAGUAGGGCGGAGGUUUGCUGAAUUGUUUGCGGAGAGUAUAGGGCGGAGGUUUGCUGUAUUGUUUGUGUAGUCACAUACAAGUCGAUGCGUGAAA